ACUAAUCGACGCACCAUAAGUGUCUCUUCCGCUCACUUGUUUCUUAUUCAUUCUAUCCAAUUUUUCAAUCUUCUUACAUUUUUCUAUCUCUCUUUUUAAAAUGAUCGGUUCUUAUCUUAAAAUCGACUCAAAACCUUUGAGCUAUCAAAGUUCGAAGGCGGUUCUCAAGCAUUUGGACUACAAUUCGAGAUUCCAACUCCACGAGCAAUGCCCAUCUCUUCGCAAUGUUCUCAAAGUCACUCCAGGCUUUCUAAACCGCCUGGAAUUUGUUGGGGACUGUGUGAAAAUCAACGGAACGACCUAUCAAUUGAAGAUGACGCCAGUCAAGCUGGGAAGCACUACCAAUCACAUUCAGCUCUGGAUUAAUGGGAACCUCUACGCAAAAACCGUCAGCGAACCGCAGAACAAUAAAGAGCUGGCUUACCUGGUCUGUAAGCUUCUGCGUCAAGCCUGGGAAGCGGUUUUGUAUGUUGGGACGCUGGUUUAUGGAAAUUUAAUUUUCCCCGGUUUCCCAAAGUUUUUCAAGUUUCACGUUCAACAUUUGGUCAUCGGAAAAGAUCAAGACGCGUCCGAUGUUCUGCGGAGAUUCGGUGAAAACUUCCAAAAUUCAAGCUUCAAGUCUUUGGAGCUAUUUCGUACCAGUAGUUUCGAGGUCCCACUGAUCCAGUCAGCGGAGAAGCUGAUUAUCAACGAGCGUAUGGACUUGAGUGCGCUCAAGAGUCGGAGAGUUCACGUGGAAUUUAAGAUCGACUCAAAGUUCCUCACAGAUCUUAUUGAUUGCUGGUUGUGGAAUGGAGCUGUGGGGAAGACCGAGAAGGAAGCUGGAUCAGUGUUCAUUUUUGCGAUGAAAGGAUUUCGGGAGGCGAGGAUGUUCGUUGAUGAUGUUAAGAUGAAGUUCGAGGGAAAGUUCUAUGUGGAUAAAAGGUGGUCACACUACAAGCCGUGCUUUGAAUUCCCGAUGCAAAAUUCUUCAAGCUUGCAGCUUGACUACUGUGUGGAGGAUGAGAAGGUCAUUUUGGUCAUGAGAGUUGAACAAUCGCUUUGAUUUUUUAUUGAUUUUUUAAUACGUUUUAUAAUAGUAGUUUUGUUUUAUCUUUCGGCUUAUUCAGAAUAAAUUAUUGGUUCAGUU